AUGUUAUGGGAUUGUGUAAAUGAGAUUUCCGGUAAAAGGAAUAAAAAGGCAGAAAUAGAUAAGAUAAAAAUCGAAAGUGGGGAAGAAAUAUCCAAUAAAAAUGAUAUUGCUCAGAAGUUUUUGGAACACCUCACAAGCAUUGGUGAAAAGCUGGCAGAGAAGAUACCACGCACUGCUCCUAUCAAACAAGUAAAUAAGCUUAUCAACUCAAUUUAUUUAGACGAUACGGAUGAAAACGAAGUGAGGGAGACUAUAUUAAGCUUGAAAAAUGGCAAGGCUCCUGGAAGCGAUAACAUAAAAGCUGAAACUCUGAAAAAAAUACGAUAUUAUAUAUGCAAGCCUUUAAAAUAUAUAAUAAACGAAUGUUUUCGUACAGGAGUAUUUCCCGAUAUUUUAAAGUUAGCCACAAUAACACCUAUCUACAAAAAAGGUAGCAAACUUGAUAUAGAAAAUUAUAGACCAAUAUCCCUGAUUUCGAGUAUCGCCAAAGUUGUAGAAAAAAUAAUCAAGUCAAGGUUACUAAAGUUUUUCAAUAGGUAUAACGUGUUACAUAAAAAUCAAUUUGGAUUUAAAGAAGGCAUAUCAACGCAAGAUGCAAUAGCUACACUAUCCAAAAAACUGUACAGACUAGUUAACGAUAAGAUCCCUGCCAUUUGCAUAUUUAUUGACUUAACCAAAGCUUUCGACACCAUUAGUCAUGACAAGCUGUUGGAAAUACUCGAGCUUAGCGGUAUAAGGGGAACUACUUUAGACUUAAUGUCGAGCUACCUAAAUAACAGAAAGCAGUGUGUCAAAAUAGAUAACGUGACCAGUCAUUAUAAAGACGUAUGCUAUGGGAUCCCACAAGGAACUGUUCUUGGGCCAAUAUUAUUUAAUAUAUAUAUUAAUGAUUUGUUCUCAAUGGAUUCGGGAGGUACAGUGUUUAGGAUUCGCGGACGAUACUGUCAUAAUUUAUGA